AUGAUACGCGUUUCAAAGAGAAUUAUAAUUUCCGAGGACGAAGAAGAAGAAACAAUUUCUCCAUCUCAAAAUCAAGAAAAUUCAAAACCCAUAGAGGUUCUUGACCCCUCUCCAAAAACUUUGCCCAGCACUCUUACGUCAGUUUCAGAUCCUGCUAAACUUUCUUCAGACGAAGAUACUUCUUUAUAUAAAUCUAAACGCGCUUCUAAGCGAAUUAUUAUUUCUGACACCGAAAACGAAGAAUCUUCUUCCACCUUAGCAAAUGAUAAUACACAAACCAGAAAGCGUGUUAAGUAUGACUAUGAACAGAGAGAAAACUUCAGACAAACUGUACUUUCUCCUAAAGCCACGCGUAAGAGUACACGAAUAUCUAAAGGCCGAAUUAAAUUCAAUGAGAAUCUAAGAGAAUUAAUGGAAAAUAAAAGACAAUCAAAAUUGUCUUUCAAGCCAGUCAAUAAGAAAGAAGAAAAAAAUGUCGAAGAUGCGAUAAAUAUAAAUCUAGAUUCAGAUGAACUUUUAUCGCAAAAUGAAUCUGACGAAGAGCAGAAAGAAGAGAAAUCUCGAGAUGAAUCUGACGAAGAGCUGCAGGAAAAAGAAAAAUCUCAAGGUGAAUCUGACGAAGAGCAGCAGAAAGAAGAAGAAUCUCGAGAGGUUGAGCAUAAUAAUAUAAUAUCAUCAUCUAGUAAUAAUUAUGAAAACGAAGAAUUUGAUCUUGACAAGUCAGCCAUUUUAAACCGACGAACUCGAGAAAAAAGAAGUUCACGAUAUCAAGAGAACUUGCAACAACUUUUGGCACGAAGACAACGGCCAAAGAAUAAAAUAAUUGAACUCGAGGACAAUAAUGACGAGGAAAAUAGUGAUGAUGUUGACGAAGAAGAAACAGAUUUCGAACAAAAUUACGACGAAUCAGAUAAUGAAUUAAAUGAUUUUAUUGUGACAGGAGGAGACACAAUAAAUGUUAGUGAAUUUGAUUUACCAGAGAGAUUGACAUCUUCUGGCUCCCAAAGUCUCAAAUAUCAUUUUAAGGUCUUUAUUCAAUAUUUAACUUACCUUGCGACUGUUAUGAAUUAUAGUGAUGUGGAGGAGACCGAAUAUUUUCGAACAUCAAUGAAGAUGAUUGAUCGCAAAAUUCAAGGCUAUUACGAGAUUAUUGUUGCAAGUUCUGUAUGGAACACGAGAUUCAAGAAAUGUCUAGCUUUUUAUCCAAGUUAUGCUGUCUCAUACACGUUCCAAGCUUAUUGUGAUGCUUGUAACAGCACUAGAUCAGCGCAUUACAAACCUCUUGAUGAUUCGGAUUUAUUAUCUGAUGACUAUGGCAGUCAAAAAUCACGUCGGGGCAUUCAGAAAUUUUAUUUGGGAAAAUUUUGUCAAAUUCGCGCGAAAAUUUAUCAUAAUCUGCAACAUUUGAAAUUCCAUUUUUUUGAUAAAGUCAAAGGACAUGUUAACGACAUCAUAAAGGAACGUGGUGAAUCGAUCGACCCUAACAAUAUCACGACUAUCUUUGAUGAAAAUGGGAUUUCCGAGAAUCUUUUCAGACAAUUUGAAGACAUCUUGAAUGUGGCAGAGAAAAUCAAUCUAAAUCCAAAUUCUGUGGAAUAUGGUUGA